GAUGAUAAGAAGUAACUUGAGAUUCAAGAUCAGCAAUACUAUCAAAUCAUAUCAACUUCAUCAUCAUCGCUUCUCAACUGUUGCUCAACUAUCAAUACCACCAACAUCGACUUCAACACCAUCACUCUCUGAAUAUCCACCUGAACUCAUUCGUUCGUUUUGUAUCAUUGCACAUAUCGAUCAUGGCAAAUCAACACUUUCGGAUCGUUUACUUGAGCUCACAGAAACAAUACCAAAACUGACUCCUAUCGCCCACCAAGUUUCUAAUCCAUCUGAACCACCACUUCGGAAUCGACAAGUACUUGAUAAACUAGUGGUCGAACGUGAACGAGGUAUCACCGUCAAAGCGGUCUCAGUCAGCAUGUUUUAUUCACCACCGGAUCAACCCAAGAAAAAGUACCUUCUCAACUUGAUCGAUACACCAGGUCAUGUAGACUUCAGUACCGAAGUUUUAAGAUCUUUAACGGUAGCAGAUGCAGCGAUCUUAUUAGUCGAUUCAACCCAAGGCAUCCAAUCCCAAACUCUCUCAGUCUUAUCAUCAGCAUUACGUCGAGAAUUACCUAUCAUUCCAGUGUUGAACAAAAUCGAUUUACCUGCUUCUGAACCUGAUAGGAUAGGAAACGAAUUAGCCAAACUUACGGGUGUUAAAGAAGAUCAAGUCUUGAGGAUUAGUGCAAAGACUGGGAUAGGAGUUGAAAGGUUAUUGGAAAGAUUGAUUAAGGAGGUUCCGAUACCUAAAGGUCAAAGUGAUCAACCUUUGAGAGCCUUUGUCUUUGAUUCUUGGUUUGAUCACUUUCAUGGUGUUGUCUCAUUGGUUAAAUUGGCAGAUGGAGUUUUGAAAAAAGGGGAUAAGAUACAAUCUUACAAAACGGGAAAGAUUUUUCAAGUGGCGGAUUGUGGAAUAAUGUAUCCAGAACAAGUUUCGAUUCCAACCGGACUUCAUGUAGGACAAUGUGGAUGGGUAACAUGUGGUAUGAAAGACCCUUCUCAAGCGAUUUUGGGCGACACAUUCUAUGAUCCAAAGACUCCAAGUGAAGAUUUCGAACCAGUGGAAAGAUCGAUUGAAGGAAGACAAUCGAUGGUUUUUGCUUCCCUUUUUCCGGUUGAUUCCGUGGCUGGUUUAGAUAAAUUAACUGAAGCGAUUGAUCAGUUGAUUUUGAAUGAUCGCAGUGUUUCGGUACAGAAAGAAGCUAGUGUGGCUUUAGGUCAAGGAUUUCGUAGGUUGGGAUUCUUGGGUACGCUACAUAUGGAUGUGUUCAAACAGCGACUCAGUGAUGAAUACGGAACCGAAGUGAUUGUUACUAGACCAUUUGUACCACUUAAAUUAAUAGCGGAUGGAAAAGAAAAAAUGAUUAACAAUCCGAUUGAAUUUCCAACGGUGGGAAUGAAAAAAGUUCAAGUCUUAGAAAGGAUUGUCGAGGCUUCAAUUGUUGUUCCUGAUCGGUAUACUGGGCCCGUCAUCGAACUUUGUGCAACUCAUCGAGGAGAACAGAGCUCACUUGAAUACCUCCCAGCUUCUGCCACUUCACCAGACUCAAGCCAACUAAUCAAACUAGUCUAUCAAAUCCCAUUAUCUGAAAUCGUCACAACAUUUCAUUCAUCAUUGAAUUCCAUCACGGCAGGUUAUGCAAGCUUUGAUUACAAACCUAAAGAUUUCAAACCUGCUGAAUUGGUUAGGUUAGAUAUCAUUGUCAAUGGCAGUGAUCCUGUGGAUGCAUUUGCUACGGUUGUACAUAGGGAUAAAGCAUUGAGAGAAGGUAAAGCUGUUUUGGGUCGCUUGAAGGGUGUGAUGAGACGUCAGGUUUUCGAAGUUGUGCUUCAGGCUACUGUUGGAAAUAAAGUGAUUGCUAGUGAAAGAUUAUCUGCUGUACGGAAGGAUGUUACUGCUGGAUUGUAUGGAGGUCAUUAUGAACGUAAAAUGAAACAUUUAAAUAAACAAAAAGAAGGUAAAAAAAGAUUAAAGAUGAUGAGUAUUGGAAAUGUUGAAUUACCUCAAGAAGCAUUUUCUGCAGUACGUAGGAAAUUCUUUGAUUCUUGA